UUUAGUUUUAGUUCGCAGUCGGUCCCUCCGGAACGCUUUGCGGUAACCGGUGUUGUUGCACGGACCCAUUGUCGUGCAACGCGUCGCCGAGAGCACAGUUCCGUGUCUGAGGUAUAAAGUGUGUAAGGUGGUUAUCUGUGACUGCUGGAGGCGAUGGAGAAGCUGAAGGGGUUUGAGUUCUGGGGGAAGACUCUUCGUGCUGCACGCUUCGUCCUCGCGCCCAUGGUGGACCAGAGCGAGCUCGCGUGGAGGCUCCUGAGCCGCAGACACGGAGCUCAGCUGUGCUACACGCCGAUGUUGCACGCGCAGGUUUUUGUCCGUGACGCCAAUUACCGGCGUGAAAAUCUGUACAACGAAGUGAGCCCCGAGGACCGUCCUCUCAUCACACAGUUCUGUGCAAACGACCCGGAGGUGUUUGUUCAAGCAGCACUUUUAGCUCAGGAAUACUGCGAUGCCAUCGACCUGAAUUUAGGAUGCCCCCAGAUGAUCGCUAAACGAGGUCACUAUGGUGUUUUUCUGCAGGAUGAGUGGGACCUGCUGGAGAGAAUGAUUAAAUUAGCCAAUGAAAAGCUCUCUGUGCCCAUCACAUGCAAAAUCCGGGUUUUCCCAGAGGUCGAGAAAACCGUGAAAUAUGCCAAGAUGCUGGAAAAAGCGGGUUGCCAGCUGCUCACCGUUCACGGCAGAACCAAAGACCAGAAAGGAGCGCUGACCGGAGUGGCGAGUUGGGGGCACAUUAAAGCCGUACGAGAAGCUGUAAACAUCCCGGUUUUUGCUAACGGAAACAUUCAGCACCUGAAUGACGUGCAGCGCUGCAUGGAGGAGACGGGAGUGCAGGGCAUCAUGAGUGCAGAGGGGAACUUGCACAACCCCGCACUAUUUGAGGGCCGUAACCCGCCUGUGUGGGAGAUGGUUGGGGAAUAUCUGGAGGUGGUGAAGACACACAUGCCCAGCACGUUAUCACAUGUCCGAGCUCAUCUUUUUAAACUCUGGCACCACACAUUACAGAUCCAUCAGGACCUGAGAGAAGAUCUUGCCAAAGCAAAGAACCUGGCAGGAAUUGAGGAGGUGAACAGACAGCUAAAGCAGCGUUGCCAGGAGGAGAUGGAGAAGGACGAAUCGGAGCGGCGUCACACCGGACUGCCUUUUCCUCAUUGGAUCUGUCAGCCAUACGUCAGACCAGCGCCGAAGGAUCCGAGCGUCGAGAACGGCGUGAAGGCGGCGAGUGGGAAACGAGCGCUGGAGGACAGCGACGGCUCCAACGACUCGCUCUCUAAGAACAAGCAGAAGAAGAAAGUCAGGAACCCGCAGAAGAACUUCUGCCCCGAGCUCAAACCAAAGUACAUCAAAUGUGAGCAAUGUGGAAAUCCCAAAGGGAAUAAGUGCGUCUUUAACCUGUGUCGUGGUUGCUGUAAGAAAAAAGCCUUUAAGGAAGUCGCAGAUUGUCCAGGUCACGGCUUGAGGUUUAAGACGAAAGCGCAGAAGCAGAAGCUCGCCGCUCCGGCGGAGACGCCGAUCUCGUCGUAAACGGAUUUUUCCGUUCCGGAUUUUUCUAACCGUUUUCGUCUCGGCGGCGCGAUCUCGUGCCGUAAACCCGACACGACGGGCGCCUCUUCCUCGUCGACACGUGCGUCGAAACCGAACACUGCUGCUGAAGAUUAAAAACAUAGUAUUGCUUUAGACAGGAACGAAUGGCGUACAGGAUUAAAUAAUCGCACGCACCGUUAAACCCUGUAUCUUGCAGAUACAGAAUUUUGUACGUAGGGUUUUCACGGAGUCGAGAAAGUUGCCACUAUUCUGUAAACCUCAGAUAAUAAACGGAACAGACGGAAUACGGGGAGAAAAGAUUCAAACGGAUCCAAAUCCUGUUUCUUUUAUAAAUUAAUUUAUUGACAUUUAGUUUUAACCGUAAAAGUCAGAUUCGGUUCACUUUCUGCUGACGUUCUAACGCUGCACCGCUCACGUGACGCCGGAGCUGAACCGAACAGCAGGUGAUCCGAAAAUCCAGUGGGGUAACAAGAACCUGCAGCUCUACUGAGGAUCGUUCCUGCCAUUUCCAUUGCUGUGUUUUUAACAUCGAGGUUUUUAAAGUGAAUAAAACUUUUAAAAAUUCUUUUAA